AUGCGUUCAGCAUCAGUAGAUUAUCGUCAUUCUCACCAUAAUAGUAGCAGUGGUGGUCAUCAUUCAAAUCUACAUAAUUCAUUGGCAUUGGAUAAUCAUACUUUCUCAUCAGCUGGAGCAUCAGACAGACAACAAUUUAAGGAUAAUUAUCAAAAUCGAUAUGCAUGGUUAGAAAAAAAUCAUGUAAAUGAAGUUGGUUCAACAUAUAAUCGAUUAGGUAAAACUGUUGGUCAUAAACCAAGUUAUUGGCGAUGUGAAGAUCAGGCAAUUGCUGGAAAAGAAUUUCAACGUUUGAAUGAUGAAUGUGCUGAUAAAAUUUGGGAAAUACGUGAUAAAAGUGAUAUGUCGAGAGAAUGGCUUUUGGAUGCUGAUGGUGUUGCACCAAGAUUUUAUAAAAUGGAAGCAGAUGCUUUAAAAAAUCGAUAUGAAUUAAAUAAUAUGAAGAGAAAAUUAGAGAAUCUUAAAUCGAUGCGUACACGAUUAUUAAAAUAA